AUGCUAAUGCUGCUAGUACGGGGAACACGCUUUGAGAACCGCUGGUCUAAACGGAGUCUCCCAACAACCCCAGGUGGCCGACGCGAGUCAGCCAUGGAGAGCGAGUCCCCGGGGCCGGACACCGACAGCGGGGUCCCCUGGCGGCGAAGCGACGAGGCGCUGCGCGUGAACGUGGGCGGCGUGCGGCGGCUGCUGAGCGCGCGCGCCGUGGCGCGCUUCCCGGGCACGCGGCUGGGUCGCCUGCAGACCGCGGCGUCCGAGGAGCAGGCGCGGCGCCUGUGCGACGACUACGACGCGGCGGCGCGCGAAUUCUACUUCGACCGGCACCCCGGCUUCUUCCUGGGCCUGCUGCACUUCUACCGCACCGGCCGCCUGCACGUGCUCGACGAGCUGUGCGUCUUCGCCUUCGCGGCAGUGGCUGGGGUGGCCGCGGGCCGCAGUGCGGAGGGCGUGACCGACGACCCGGUGCUGCGACGCCUCGAGUACUUCUGCAUCGCCUGGUUCAGCUUCGAAGUGUCGUCGCGCCUCCUGCUGGCGCCCAGCACGCGCAACUUCUUCUGCCACCCGCUCAACCUCAUCGACAUCGUGUCCGUGCUGCCCUUCUAUCUCACGCUGCUGGCUGGAGUGGCGCUGGGCGACCGCGGCGGCACGGGCGGCAAGGAGCUCGGCCACCUGGGCAAGGUGGUGCAGGUGUUCCGCCUCAUGCGCAUCUUCCGCGUACUCAAGCUGGCGCGCCACUCCACCGGGCUGCGCUCGCUGGGCGCCACACUCAAGCACAGCUACCGUGAGGUGGGCAUCUUGCUGUUGUACCUGGCUGUGGGUGUGUCAGUGUUCUCCGGUGUGGCCUACACAGCUGAGAAGGAGGAGGAAGUGGGCUUUGACACCAUCCCAGCCUGCUGGUGGUGGGGCACAGUGAGCAUGACCACCGUGGGCUAUGGGGAUGUGGUGCCGGUGACAGUGGCUGGCAAGCUGGCAGCCUCGGGCUGCAUCCUAGGGGGCAUCCUGGUGGUCGCGCUCCCCAUUACCAUCAUCUUCAACAAGUUCUCCCACUUCUACCAGCGCCAGAAGGCUCUGGAGGCAGCUGUGCGCAACAGCGGCCACCGGGAGUUUGAGGACUUGCUGAGCAGCGUUGACGGGGUGUCGGAGGCAUCUCUGGAGACAUCCCGAGAGACCUCUCAGGAGAGACGGUCUGCAGACCUGGAGACCCAGGUUCCCAGUGAGCCUCCAAACUCUCAGAUAUAUUAA